GGGAAAAUACGAGCUGCAAACCCCACAUGGAUCUCUAUGGAAAACUGCAACUAAAGUGGUGCGGAGGGUACGACGGAUCUCCCACCAACUUCGUCGACAACUCCACGCUGGUGCACAGCAGUGGCAAUGCUCUGCGCUUUACGGAUCAAAGUGGAAGGCACGUGAAGAGUCUUCCCAGCCUCGGCUGUGGAGUGGGGCCCAUCACGACCGCCCCCCAGGCCAACACCAUCGUGUACGCCGAGUCUACUCUGCACCCGAGGCUAUUUGCCGUCGGCUACCCGAGCUACCAGCUGCUCGCCACCCUAGAAGGUGGAGCUGAACUUGAGUAUGUCUCGCUGGCCAUCUCCAGCAGUGGAAAGAAGCUUGCCAGCCUCUCGGGAGUCCCCGAUUUCCUCCUCGUUUUAUGGGAUGUGCAGGAAGGUUGCGAGCUGUGUCGCACUAGUGUUGGCCCUGGCUCCAGUCAGCUCAGUCUGAAUCCACUCAACUGGCGACAGAUAUGCAUACUUGGCCCUGAACAGUUGACACUAUACCUACUGGAACAGUGCGAUGACAACCAGCUCGUCCUUACAGCUCAGGAAACGAGUCUUCCUGAGGUUAACACGGAGGUCAAGGCUUCAGUCCAGCCUCCUCAGCUCCCACUGUCCGUUGCUCACGUCCAGUCAAAAGCCAGCGAAAAAACAGAGUCACACCACGUAAGAGAGGAUCACCCCAAGCAGCCCGACCUCUCAAGGGUUCUCUACCGGGAGACAUACGAUGAGUAUACUCGGGAAAGGAGGCCUGUGGUGCUGACCAGUCACUGCUGGAACUCUCAACAGUCUCUCUUUGUUGGCUGCAGAGGCGGGCAGUUGUUAAGCACUGAUUUCGACACUGCCAUCAUACAAGUAUUGGCCAACCCACGGCUCGCUCAGCAAAGCAUGGGUAGAGAGGAGUAUGAGGAGAAGUCUCACCAGCAGGGUGGAGCGAGAGAUGGAGAAGAGAUGGAAGAGUUACCAAACACUGCUCAUGCUGUCCUCCGUGAAGGUUCUCUGGAGUGUCUGGCACUUGGCAGGAGAGGACUGUUUGCAGCAGGGAAGGGUGGUGUGAUCUACUGCUUUGCUAUAUCGCCCGAACUAAAUGUAUUAGACACACAUACUCUACAAGAAAGAGACGUCAUCUCUAGUCUGUCCUGGUCUCCAGAUUUUACCAGACUGGUGAUAGGAACGCAGCAGGCAGCCAUCCAUGCUGCAGAUCCACUUCAUCUGUCAGCAUGCUCUCUACUGUUUCCUCGAGGCCUCUCUACCAUAGUAGGUAUCGACAUGCUCACCCCUGGAUCACAACACGUUGUGACCGGCAGAGCUGAUGGAACAGUCCAGGUGUGGUCAGUACCAGACGCCAGCCUGGUCUCAAGCUUUAGUCUUAACCAUGAGACAUGCUGUGUCCUGUGUCCGAUGAGCUGUAGUGUGGCAAUAAUCGGGUGUGUUUCUGGUCAUGUGGCUGUUGUGGGUCUCACGCAGCCUGACUCUCCCCGACUACUGGCAUUGACACGACUCUAUCGCUCUCCAACCACCCGCCUCAGGAGUGACCAGAGAGGUCUUUUCCUAGUGGCCGCUUCGUCAUCUGACCACUCUGUGUUUGUGUGCAGUGGUAUUGUGUCCAAGGGAAUAGAGGUCUUAGGGCAUACAGGUGUCAGAGGGAACAUACUGGAUUUGUCUCUUGCGACAAUUGAGCCAGGGGUUGAAGGGAGCACACUCAUAGCUGUACUGUCAAAUGACGAAGACCAAACAUUAUUCACCCUAUUCCAACUCCCAAACUCCACAAAGAAAGAUCUUCUGGUCUAUAUGACGGAGAGGCUAAGGAGUUCUCCAGUCAGUAUAUUUGCAGGCGAGAAGUUCUAUUAUCAGUACCAGCAUCGAGAUUCUCCCUCUGCUCACCCGACACCGUUUUUGCUGUUACUAACAACGGCCAGGAUCUUGCAAAAUUCUCCCUCCCUCCAGUGGAACAGAAGGAUGUAGAUUUGAUGUUAUCACCAGAGAGCAUCGUUGCUGUCCAUGAUAAAGGCACGGUGCAGUUAGAGCUGUCAUUCCACCAAAAGUGGAUUGCUUCUGCUGGCAGCGAUGGCGGAUUGCUCCUUAGGCUGGUGGAAAACCAGGAGAAGGCAGUGAUAUGUAAACCUCACAAUUACCGGAGGAACGGCUGCACUGCACUUGUUUUUUCCAGAGACUCUCAGCAUAUCGUCACAGUGGGGGAUCAGAGUACCAUAAACUGCUGGAACUGGGAGUUUACGAACCAUGGCAGUGUGAAGGCACAGGCAGCUGGAGACUAUUUGGAACGAGUAUUGCAUUCUCUCGGGAGCCAACACGACCAGGAAAACACUGCCCUAGAGGCAAUGCCUCCUGUGUCGGAGGAACCAACAGAAGAACAGAGUACUUGGCUUGAGGCAGUCGAAGAAAAAGUGCACAAGGCAGAGGACGAGAAGUACGCCGACUGCAAGUCUGAACUGCGUCGGGAGAUUGGUCAGCUGAGGGGGAGGCUCCUGGAGAUGAUUGACAGCAACGAGGGGGCCCCGGACUUGGAGAGGCUUGACAGGGAGGAGUUUAUUCUCGACAUGGAGCAGCACGACCGUCUGCAGGCCGAGGAGGACCAGCAAAUCCAGCAGGUGAAGGAGGAGAUUCAGCUGUCCAGCCUGGCUAAGAUGUUUCUGAGGCAGCAGAUCAAGAGCGAGUGCUGGGACAGCAUGGCUGUCAAAGGGAAAAUCAUAAAAGCGUUCAGGGGCUCUCUAGAGGUGAGUAACUAUCCAAUGAUGUCACGCUCGGAGAAUGAGGUGAGGGAGCUGGCGAGAGUCAAAACACUCCGGACAGUGGAGCAAGCUGACAGGGAGGCUCGAAAUGAAGCCGUCGACAUUCUAAGAAAGGCUGCGCAAGCUAAGGACGAGGUGGAGGAGGAGGAAGAGGAGGGAGGGGAUGAGGGUGCUGCAAAGGAGGAGGGGGAGGAAGGAGAUGCCGGUGCUCUUUAUGGCAGCCAUGGACCAAAGUUUGGCGGUGGAUGUGAGUUUCUCUACAGCCAGUUUGAGCUCCACUCCCCCGUGGCCAGAAAACACCAGAUCACCCUGCUGAAGGACUGCAUGCACCGGAUUGCCGAGACGUUCAACAAGGAGUUUGAGGAAGUGGCGCGACUCAAGCAGGCAGAAAUCGCCCGAAUCCGUGAGAAAAACGUCCGCAUCAGCAAGAUUAUUCAACAGCUCCAGCUGACGGAACAGCUAGUCCAGCCAACACUGCAGUCAGAGGAACAACCUGAAGGGAUGCUGACAGUACAGGACGAGGAGGUACGUGUGGAGAAGUACCUGUCGCCAGAGGAGAGGCAGAAAGAGGAGGAGGCUAUGAGACUGGAAGAGGAGAGGAAACUGGCUGAAAUGGGAGACAAUCCUAGGGAAAGGGCUCUCGACAUGAUGAUGGGCGGAAGAUUGGAGGCCAACGUAGAGGAAGACCUCUUCAAGGACCUUCCGCGACCAGAUUUCAUGCAGAAGGAUCCGGCCGAGCGGACAGAGGAGGAGAUCCGUGCAGCGCUGGAGUUUGAAAAGAAGGAGGCGGAGUUCCUGGAGGAGAGGGAGAAGCUGCGGAAAGCUCUGGAAGGGGAGCUGAGGAAACUACAGUCGACCAUUGCUCAGGCCAUGGACAACUUUGACGAGAGACUCCGCAAGCUCUUUGACCUGAAAAUCAACACCGAAAUGGCGCUGCAUCAGGAGCCGUUGAAGGUGGUGGGACUAGUGAGCUCGCUGCAGGUAGAGGAAGAGAUAGCAGGUAGAGAGAGGCAACUCAACGCUCUGCUGGAAGACAAGAAAACCUUGAAGACCCAACUCUCAGUUGUGAUAAAAUCAGCCAGGACCAAGACCGACGAGUGCAGAGAGUUGUACGAUCAGAUGCUGGCAGACGACAAGACCCUCGACCGCAACUUCAAGAGAGACUUUGCCGACUGCGAGCUGUUUGUCGACCAGCUCUACAAGCUGUUCAAACGCAGACCUAGAGGUCAGAAGCUGAAGCCAGGUGCCAGUGAAGGGGGGCUCAUGUCGGUUCAGAAAUCGCAGAAUCCGUUCUCCCAGCGCCCCCCGACGGCAGCAGGGGACGGGCAGAGAUUGUCGGUGAAGGGGUCGGAGGACGGGAUGAGUGAACUGGACCACCCCUCUCACAUGCCGGAGGGAGUGGAUGCCGUUCAGUGGGACCGACUGGUGUUGGCUCGUCGCAGAAAGUACGACAGCGAAACUAAGUUGAAGGCAGUGGCACUGAAACUGGCUGAAAUGGAGUCCUUCCUGAAGCGCAGACAGAUCGAGGAAGACAGGCUGCAGGCUGAGAUACAGGACGCCUUCUCUGAGCUCAACAGGUCUUUUGUCAUGAUAUACCUCCACCACGCUGCACACCCCAAACAACCCGGCCUCUCGACUUUCUUUCUCUCUCUCUCUCUCUCUCUCUCUCCUUGACUAUAUUAUUACACUGCAGACUGAGUGAGGAUAAGACAACCUUCAACCUGGACCUGGCUGUCCAGCUGCUACUCAGACAGGGCCAGGUGGAGGUAGAAGAAGGAGACUUUGUCCCCGACUACUCUGGCAGCGUCCUCGUACACCGCAGAGCCAUCGAGGAGCUCAACAAAGAGAUAAAGACCCACGGAGAGGGAAAGCUUGCCAGCAUGAACGAGUGCAAGGAUUUCAAGAGUGGCAUCAGACUCCAGGAAUGGGAGUGCAAGCGUCUGAAGAUGAAGGUGGAGGAUCUCCAGGAGCAGGCGAGGGAGGUGCAGCUGCUGCGGGUGACCAAGGACCUCCAGCUGAGUCUGAGUGAGGAGGGCAGCGGAGGCAGAGACCAGCACGAUAUCGAGACCCUCGAAAAGACCCUAGAGCUCAAUGAGAGAACAUACAAGAAGAAGGCCAGGGAGAAGAAGAAGCAGUUGGCCAGGCUGAAUGCUCAGGGAGAGAAGAGGAGAGUGGAGAACAGGGAACUCGACCAGGCAUUGGUGGAGAAGCAAGUUUCAGUGCUGGAGAGGCAAGCUGCUGAGAAACUGGCUGGAGUGGCACCAUCAGAGGCGGGUGCUAGACAAAGGAUGGCUGACAUAGUGUCACGGAGGAGAAUGGUGGAACUGGUCAGAGCUCAGGCGGCAGAGAUACAGGUGUUGAGGGCAGAGCUAGAGAGACUCAGAAUGGCCACCUUCCCUGCCCUGGUCCAGGUGGACUAGUCGGUAGUCACCGUAACUUUACAACCCUACACCGUACCUGUCACGUAAUAUAUAUAAAUUUCCAUGUAACCUUGUGGCAGCCACACGGAUUCACGACCGAGUAUAAGGUUGCUCGUAAAUUUUAUGAUGGC